AUGCGCAAGGUGCCGGUGGCCGCGCCGGCGGCGCUGCCGCCGGAGCAGGCGGUGUCGGGGCGCGGCGUGCUGCUGCGCUGGUUCCCGCAGUGGUGGGGCUGGUACGCCGCGCCCGGCCCCGCGCCGCCCGCGCCCGGCCUCGAGGGCGAGAUCCUCGACGUCAUCGCCGACUCGCUCGACGACAACACGCUGCUGCGCCGAGACGCCGUAUUUGGACUCUUUGAGUUCACGUUGCUGAAGGGCUCGCUGGACCUGUGCACUGAGCUCGAAGAAGAUUCCGAAGUCAUGAACGGCGAGGCGGGCGGCGAGGACGGCGGGGCGGGUGGCGAGGGGUUGGAGCUGCAGUUCAGCAGCGUGUGCUUGCGCGUGGAGUGGCGGCCGCGCGCCGGCGCACACGCGCUGCACGUGUCGCUGGGCGGCGUGUGCCUGCGCGACCGCGUCACGCCGCGCACGCUGUUCCCCGUGCUGGUGGCGCCGCACGGCCUCAUUCGCGAGGGGUUAGGUGCGCCCGCCUGGCGCGCGCACCACCCCGCGCCCGCCACGGACGACCCGCUCUUCCAGCUCACAUACGAAAAGCGUCCUGUUGGCCUCAAUUGUGAUUAUAAGCUGCGCGUGAAGUCGUCGUCGCUGGAGGUGGUGUGGUGCGCGGCGGCGGCGCGCUGGGCGCGGCGCUGGGCGGGCGCCGGCGCGCUGGCGCGGCUGCACACGCGCGCUGCGCUGCACCACCACUGGGACCGCUUCAUGCGGCACACGCGCCGACCGAUGGAGCGUAGCUCGUGGCACGUGGAAUUAGACAUAUCGGCGCCGCAGAUCCUACUGGUGGAGGACCUGUGCGACCGCGACGCCUCCGUGCUGGUGCUGGACUUCGGCCGCCUGCGCCUCGCCAACGCCGGCGCGCCCGCGCCCGACCCCGCGCCCGGCCCCGCGCCCGGCCCCGCCGGCGACCUGCUGCAGCACCAGUCUACUGAGGAGGAUGAAGAAAUGUUCAUGACGCCGUGCUCGACGCCGCCGGGCAGCCUGCUAUCGCCCGCGUCGCCGCCCGCCUCGCCGCCCGCGCCGCGCAGCCUGGACGCCGCGCACCUGCACACCAGCCUCUACGACCGAUACAACAUCGAGCUGAGCGAGCUGCAGAUUCUGGUGGGGCGCGCGCGCGACAACUGGAAGUACGCGCACACGAAGCCCACGUCGGCGCUGCACCUGCUGGACCGCUUCAGCAUCUCGCUGCAGGCGGAGCGCCGCGUGCUGGCCACGGCCGACCCGCGCUACCCGCGACUGGCGCUGGCCGGCCAGCUGCCCGCGCUCGUGGCGCACCUCUCCGAGCACAAGCUGGCCGCCGUGCGCGCCGUGGCCGCGCGCCUGGCGCCGCCGCCGCCCGCCGCGCCCGCGCCGCCGCCGCGCCCCGCCCGCGACCUCCGCGCCGACGACGUCGACGCCGACGACGCUGAACCCGGCGACGGCACCGAGACCGACUACUCGGACUACUCCGUCAACCAGAAUGCGACGUUGCUUCUACUGCAAUUUUCGAUUGACCAAAUGUCUUUAGAGGUGCAGUCGCGCGGGCGCAGCAUCGCGGAGGUGCAGGUGUGCGGCGUGCGCGCGGCGCUGGGCGUGCGCGCGGCUGACACGUCGCUGUCGCUGUCCGUGCACUCGCUGCUGCUGGUGGACGCGCUGCAGACCUACGGGCCCGACUUCGAGCUGCUCGUCGCCAGCCACAAGCACGUUGGUAUGGACACGACGUCGGGCAGCAUCCGCGGCUCGGAGCCGACGUCGCCCACGUCGCCGGCGUCACCCGCCGCGCGCGCCCCGCCGCCGCCCACGCCGCGCCAGCUGCGCAGCGCCAUCUACUCGCUGCACCACGCCGCCGCCGCCGUCGCAGACCCAGAAGCUGGACGCGUGAGCCCCACGCCCAGCUUGUUGAGGGGACUGAGCUGGAACAGCGCGCACGCCGCGGGGGCGGGUGCGGCGGCGGGCUGGGGCUGGCCCGCGGACUCGUGGCCCAGCAGCAGCGGCUGGGCCGCGCCCGGCCUCGUCGACUCGGAGGCGCUGAUUGCUGUAGAACUGUGCUUUGUGAAGGGGGAGGGGGACUCGGAAGAUCUGAGGAUUGCUAAUAUACUGUUCAAUAAUUUGGAUGUCAUUGCCAAUCAAGAAACUAUAGUGGAACUUAUUGGAUUUGCACACCGAGUGGCGGGCGGGGGCGUUCGACGCGCGGCGCCCGAGCCCCCGCGCGCGCCCACCAGUGCUAGCUUACUGUCUUUGCCGCCGCCUGACGAAGGUGUUAAGCGCGUGCGCACUGAGAUCACGUUCGACUUCCACCGGCUGGGCGUGCUACUGCUGCGCGCGCGCCUGCGCGACGGUGCGCUGCACGCCAGCAAGAUCGCUACCGCCACCGUCGGCGACGCGCGCAUACAGGCCACGCUCGACGGCGAGCGCAUCUCGGUGGGCGGGUCGCUGGGCGGCGUGCAGGUGGUGUCGCUGUCGGAGCGCGCCGGUGUGCACACGCGCGUGCUGGCGGCCGGCCGCGCGCCCGCCGCGCCGCACGCCGCGCGCGGCCUGCACGCCGCCGGCGAGGACAAGGCCUUGUGGUUCUCCAUAUCGCGCACCGUCCGCCCGCCCACACCGGAGGAUUCCACUGAGGGUGGCGAGGAGGAAGGCGAGGCCGAUGAGGUGGUGUCGCUGGAGGUGUCGGUGCGCGUGGCGUCGGUGUGGUACACGCACUCGGCGCCGCUGCUGCGCGAGCUGCGCGAGUGCGUGGCGGAGUUCCAGCAGUACCUGGCCAACCUGGCGCGCUCCAUCCGCGCCGCCGCCGCCGCCGCCGCAGACAUGGCCAUCGGCCUCGUACAUCCUAGAAGUGAAACGUUAUACUCUAAUCCUCGAUUGUCGCAUUCGAUUGAAGGAGUAUCUCCACGCAGACGCACUACCAGCGCGGGCUGCUCGCUCGACGAGCCCGACAGGGACACACGACAAAUUGUUUUCUGCUUGAGCGUGGAGCUGGAGUCGCCGGUGGUGGUGGUGCCGCGCGCGGCGCGCAGCUCGCAGGUGUUCGUGGCGCAUCUCGGCCGCAUGAGCCUCGCCAACAGCCCCGCGCCGCCGCUGCGCGCGCUCUACUGCGUGCGCGUGCGCGACAUCUCGCUCGUGUCGCUGGACGUGCGCGACAAGCUGGUGCGCGGGCAGCUGCCGACGGGCGCGGACGCGCCGGGUGACAUGUACGACGCGACGCGCGGCCUGCCCGUGCUGCACGACACCGCGCUGCAGCUCAGCGUCGCCUUCGCUGAGGCGGACGAUAGACCCAUGUGCACAGUGGACGGCAGGGUGGUGGACGGGCUGCACGUGACGGCGAGUCGUGAGCAGUACGAGCAGCUGCUGGAGACGCUGCAGUGGCUGGGCGACUCCGCGCCCGACGAGCCCGACGCCGCGCCUCCGCACCAACCUGACCCGGCGUCGGUGGUGGAGCCGGCGGUGCCCACGCUGCGCCUAGACCCGCAGCUGCGCGCGGCCGUGCUGGCCGUGCCGCCGCCCGCGCACGAGCCCGCGCCCGCCGGCAGGCACACGCCGCUCGUUGUGACAUUUGAAUUAGAGAAUUUCAUGGUGGAGCUACGAGCAGAUUUAGGCGCGGGCGAGCGAAGCUUAGUAGCCCUGACCUUCCGAGAAUUUUCCCUCCGGCGCGAGCACCUGCAUCCGCACGAGUCUAUGUUGCAGGUGUCGCUCCACUCGAUCACGAUGGAGGACCUGACGAAGGAUCCGGAUUCGAAGCACCGCAUGCUGAUGGUGUCGCACACGCCGCCCGUGCCGCCCAAGGCCGUGUUCGUGUCCAAGUCCUGCCCCGACUUCGUCACGCACUUCCCGCAAGCGCACGCGCACACGCACGUCAGGCCGCUGCGCCGAGACCACUUCUCGACUUCUUUGCCCUCUGAGCUGCAUGUCGCCGAUCGGAUAUCUGAAAAAGAGCACAAGGUCGGCAAGGAAGAGUGCGGCAGCACGCCGCCGUGCUCGCCGGAGCGCGAGGCGGCGGGCCCGGCGCGCGGCGACCUUGUGUGCGUAUCCGUGCACGCGCGCCGCCCGCAGCACCCGCGCUUCCACGAUCUCUAUAAUAAGGUGUCAAAAUUGACGAAAGUAGAAUUCAACUGCCUGAAACUGGUCUUAAGUAUUGACAGCUGGGUAGCCGUACUCGACUUUUUUGGUAUAGCGGGGGACGAGCCCGACAGGACGCCACCCGCGGUGGACCCGCAGCGUCGGAGCGCGAGUGCCCGCAGCGAGGAGGCGGUGGGCGCAGCGGCGGCGGAGGGCGCCGCGGAGACGGAGAUGAACGUGCGCUCGCUGUCGGUGGUGGUGGUGGGCGCGCGCGGCGACGCAUGCCGCGCGCUGGUGUCGCGCGCGGCGCUGCGCGUGCGCGACGCGGCGGGGCGGCGCGACGUGCGCGCGCGGCUGGGCGCGCUGGCGCUGGCCGACCUGGCGCCGCGCGCCGCGCUGUGGCGUGAGCGUCUGCGCAUGCGCACCUCGCACGCGCUCGACGUGCACUACCAGAGGUUAAGUGCAGCGGAGGCGGCCGAGGCGGGGCACGAGACGAGCUUGUCGCUGGAGAUGGGCCCGGUGACAUACGUGCACACGCGCCGCUUCGUGCUGGAGCUGCAGGCCUUCGCGCGAGACUUCAGCCUGCUGCGGCGGGUGUUGGCGCAAGCAAGGCAGAAGGUGUCGAGCGCGCUGCGCGACGCGUCGCAGACGCAGCGUAUGCGGCUGCGCGUGCGCUGUGAGGCGCCGGUGAUCGUGCUGCCAGUGUCGCAGCGCAGCCGCAGCGCGCUGGCCGCCGAGCUGCAGCUGCUGCUGCUCGACAACUGCUUCCGCCGCGCCGGCGAUCCCGACACCAUCAGCAAGCUCGCCGACCCCACUCUCGCGGAACGAGAAAUACUCGACGUGCGCACGAUCCGCAUUGAGGGGCUGUCGCUGCGCUGCGUGCGUGCUGGUGCCGCGCCCGGCGGCGAGCUGCGCUUGCGCCGCCGCGGCCAGCCGUUGCUGCCCGCGCCCGCGCGCCUCGCGCUGCAGCUUGAGCGGAACUGCAGUGAUACACAUAAUGUGCCAGAGAUGACAGUGCAGGGUCGCUUGGCAACCCUGCAGCUGUCGCUGGAUGCCACUCAGUACCGGCUGAUCCGCGGCGUGCUGGCGCACAACCUGGCCGAGCCCUGCACGGAGCUGCUGGAGCCGCCCGCCCCGCCGGACGCUCCGCCCGCCCUGCAGGGCGCCCCGCAGGGCGCGCAGCAGCCCGUGUGGACCACGUGGUCGCUGCAACUGGACCUGCAGGACGUGUGCGUCGAGCUUCGAGGCGCGCGCGGGUCGCCGCCGCUCGCUAACAUCAAUUUUAUAAAAUCGAGAUUACUCGUGGAGUCUUAUUCGGAUCUGUCGCAAGAUAUUGAUCUCGUCUCACAGGAGAUUCUGGUGAGCGACACGCGCUACGCGGCCGAGCCCGCCAACCGGCGCGGCAACGUAUUCAGCCACAUCGUGCAGCCCAUGGCCGACCACCGCCACAGCGUGCAAGCGGAGGUGCAUGCCAGGAAAAGACAAGAUUCGUCGGCGUAUACGAUCCUCAUAAACAACAUGCGACUGAUGGCCAUCUUGGAUUGGUGGGAGGCGGCCAAUCAGUUCAUCAUGCAGCCUCCGCCGCCGCCGGCUGACCCUGACCUGCAACAUUUAGAGGACAUGUCAGUGGACAGCGUGGAUGGUGAGUGGGGCGGUGCGGGCGGCGCGGGGGGCGCGGACACUGCGGACACCAGCCACAUGGAGAUCAAGCUGAACAUCACGGACUCGCAGCUCGUGCUGGUGGAGGACGCCUCUCUGUGGGACACCAACGCUGUCAUACUUAAGGGCACGACGGUGAUCACGUACCGCGGUGCGGAAGCGGGGGUAGAGGCGAAGGCGGCGGCGGACGCGGCGCGGCCCGUGGUGUGCGAGCUCAGCGAGCUGGAGGUGUUCUCAUGCGUGCUGGGCCUGGAGGAGGAGACGGCGCUGUCCAUCCUCGAGCCCGCCGCGCUGCACGCGCAGCUGCGCGGCGACGGCGUGCUGCACAUACAAAUGGGAGCUUUGAAUUUACGUUUAUCCUACCACGACAUGCGCAUGUUCGCGUCGAUGUUACAGUCGCUUCCCGCUCAAGCUAGAGUUGCACUGUCAGGUAAAUCAGAAGAAAACGAGACGGACGCGCCCGCCAACAGCGAGCACAUGCGCGCGGCCGCGCUCGCCCGCGGCGCCGCCCGCCCCGCGCUGCCGCGCUGGCUGCGCGCGCCGCCGCCGCGCGCCGCCCGCCCGCUGCCCGCCGCGCCCGCCGCGCCCGCCCACUGGCCCUUGCGAGCCGUGCAUGUAAAUGCGGAGUGCGUGACGCUGUGCGUUAUUGAUGAUUGUUUGGACUCCGACGUGCCGCUGCUCGAGGUGGCUUUAAACGAAUUACAAGUGGAACAGGACUUGCGCAAUGUAGAAGAGUCAUUUGAAGAUCCUUUGCUCGUGUCCACGCCAUCCGGCGGGGUGGGCCCGCUAGCGAUAUUGGGCUCCGCGAACACCGAGGCGGGUGGCGACGGCGGGCGGGGCGAAGAAGCCGUGGGCGCGGGCGGUGGCUGCCUGCGCGCGCAGCUUAGCGUAGACUACUACAACCGGAUAUUGUCCGGCUGGGAGCCCGUCAUAGAGCCCUGGAGGUUCUCUGCGCUCUGGGAGCACACGCUGUCGAGCGGGCUGGCGCGCGCGCGCGUGCAGCUGGACGUGCGCUCUGCCGACACGCUGGACACCAACUUGACGUCCGCGCUCGUGGACCUCGUGCGCCUCGUGCGCACCAACUGGACCGCCGACUACUACGCGCCGCAGCCGGCGUCGUCGGAGCAGUCCCCAAAGGGCAGCCCGGCGGGGCACCGGCGCCGCUCGCCCUUCGUGCCCUACGCGCUGCGCAACCUCACCGGCCACCGCCUUUGGUUCACCACCCUCACCACCACCUCGGAAGAGUUGGGCGCGGCAGGCGCGGCGGGCGCGCCGGACGAUUCGUGGGUGUGCGUGCGCGCGGGCGACACGGAGCCCUUCUCGUUUGGCGCGCGGCGCGGGCGCGGCCGCGACGCGCGCGACGCGCCCGCGCCGCUGCACCGCCUCGUGCUGCGCGUCGACGGCUGGGUGCCGCCCGACCCCGUCUGCGUGGACCGCGUCGGCGUCUUCUUCCGGACCAUCACGCACACGAAGAGCGGCAUCGAGGCCCGCGUGGUGCUGGAGGUGUCGCUGGAGGGAUCGGCGCGCAAGCUGGUGGCGGUGCGCUCGGCGCUGCUGCUGCGCAACGCGCUGCCGCACCCCGUGGAGCUGCGUCUGGAGCGCGCGCCCGCGCACGCGCCCGCACUCGGCAUAGUGUAUAGGGUGCUGGGUGUGGCAGGCGCGCUGGCGUGGGGCGCGGCCGUGCGCGCGCUGCGCCGCCGCGCCGCCCUCGCCGCGCUGCCCGCCAUGCGCGCGCCGCGCGCCCCCGCCCCCGCCCCCGCCGUGCUCGUCGGCUGCGGCGCUUGGAGCGGCGGCGGAGGCCGCAGCGCGACGGUGGGUGCGGGCGAGAGCUGGGCGGCGCCGCUGGCGGCGCGGCCGGGCGCGGUGUGGGCGCGGCCGCUGCCGCGCGCUGGCCCUCACGCCGGCCCGCCCGCGCCCGCGCUGCCGCCCGCCGCGCUGGACUGGCGUGCCGCCGCCGCCGCCGCCGACCGCGCGCUGCUGCACCACGAGUGUCGCGCGCCGCACGACUAUGUCUACAGAUUCUGCAGUGUGAUAAUCCGCGAGCGCUUCCCGCCGGACCGCGGCGAGCUGCUGGCGGGCCACACCAUCACGCUGGUGCCGGCGCUGCGCCUUGAGAACCUACUGCCGCUGGAGCUGCAGUACCGCGCCGACCACGUCGCCGGCACGCUCGCGCCCGCCGACACGCAGCCCUUCCAUCAGGUGAACGUUGAAGAGGGCGUGGAGCUGUGUGUGAAGUUGGAGGGCUUCGGCUGGUCGACGGCGCUGAGCGUGGGCGGCGCCGGCGCCGCGGGCUCCUUCUCCGCGCGCCUCAAGCUCCGCGACGAGCGCGGCCGCCGGCUCUACCUCAACGCGAGAGUCACCGUGAAGAAGACUGAUGGUAUCAAGGUGUCCAUCUCGGCGGCGUACUGGCUGGUGAACCGCACGGGGCUGCCGCUGGUGUUCCGCGCGGAGGGCGGCGGCGAGGCGGCGGGGCAGUUCGCGGAGCACGAGCUGGCGCGCAUGGUGGCGCCGCUGCCCUUCUCCUUCGCCGACGGCGACGGACCCACCGUGUCGGUGCGCCUCGGCGCCGCGCACGCCGCCGCCUCUGAGUGGUGCUCGCCGUUCGGGCUGGGGCCGGGCGUGACGGUGAAGCGGCUGCAGGCGGCGGGCGAGGAGCGCGCGUACGCGGUGGGCGUGGCCGUGCGCGCCGGCCGCGGCCGCUACCGCCGCACCAACAUCGUCACGCUGGCGCCGCGCUACCAGCUGCACAACAACACCGACCUCUCGCUGCAGUUCGCGCAGAAGUGCACCGCCACCACGCUGAACGACCCGGGCGCGCUGGCCACGCACGUGACCGCGGUGGCGGGUUGCUGCCUGCCCUGGCACUGGGCGCGCUGGGACCGCGAGCGCCUGCUGUGCGUGCGCGUGCUGGCCGCCCGCCCCGCGCCCGCCCAGCACGCGCCGCCCGCCCCGCACGCGCUCACCGCCUGGUCGGGCGGCUUCAGGAUAGACGCACCGCGCAGUUUACACAUAGCUUGCAGGGAGAGCGGCGGGUCGUACCAGAUCCUGCGCGUGGAGGUGGUGUCGCAGGGCGCGGCGCUGCUGGUGGUGCUGAGCGCGGCCGCCGGCGCGCCGCCGCCGCUGCGCAUCGACAACUGCUCGCCCGUCGCCAUCAUGUUCCACCAGGUGGGGUGCACGGAGGAGUGCGUGGUGGGCGCGGGCGCGCGCGCGGGCUGGGCGCUGCCGGAGCCCGAGGGCGCGGCGGCGCUGGCACUGCGCGCGCCUGGCGGCCCGCGCCUGGCGCUGCCGCUGCAGGCGCCUGCGCACGACACGCACACACUGCUCUACCAGAACUUCAUAUACGUCGCCUUCGCCGCCUCCGCUGCCGCCGCCGCUGCCGGCGUCAGUGACAAACAAGCAUCCAAUGCUGGAACCAGCGCGGAGGAUGAAGGGGUUUUGGUCCUGGAGGUACCUCUAGGUUCGACACGAGUUCAACUAGCUCGCAAACGAUAUGGGGACCGAUGUCAGCUGUGGCGGGGCGGGCCCAACGGGCAGCUGGUGCAUGAGGGCAGCUCGCCGCCGCAGCCCACCGACGCGCUCUCAGACGAUAAUACGCUCUCGCCACACGCUAUGGUUUUAGACAUAGAAGAGGCAGCUCCCCGGCCGGGGCGCGCGGCCGCGCUGGUGCUGCGCCGCGCGGACCCGCGCCGCGCCUCCACGCAGGCGUGGCGCCUCGUGGCGCCCGCCUCGCUCGCGCCCACGCCCAGCGCUGGGCCGCCGCUCACGCGCAUGGCGUGUGCGCACGCCAACCUGUGCGUGCAGCCAGAAAAUGGUCUCAUGGGCUUAGCUCCUGGAGGGCGCGUGGUGCUGGGGCUGCCGGCGGGCGGCGUGGGCGGGGCAGGCGGGGCCGUGCCGCCCGAGCAGGCGGUGCGCUGGAGCACGCUGCGGCCGGGCUCGGGGCGGCUCGCCGUCACGCUGUGUGCGGACGGGCCCACGCGCCUCGUGCGCAUACAGGACCAGGCCGACCCGGAGAACAAGAUGGCGGAGGCUGAGGAGGAGGGUGUUGGGAGCGGGGCGGGCGGGCGCGAGUGGGCGCUGCGCGUGGCGCUGGCGGGGCUGUCGCUGUCGCUGGUGGCGCGCUGGCCGCCGGCCGAGCUGCUGUACGCGCACCUGACGCGCCUGCGCCUCACGGCGGCGCGCGCGCCUCGCGCCGCGCACCUCGCGCUCACCGUCGACUCCAUGCAGUGGGACAACCAGUUGCCGAGCACGCCGAGCCCGGUGCUGCUGUACUGCCUGGGCGCGGGCGGCGCGGGGGCGGGCGCGGGCGCGCUGCCGGCGCUGCACGUGUCGCUGGAGCUGUCGCGCGCGCCGCCGCAGCACAACGCUGUGUACUUCAGCCACUUCGUGGUGGCGCUGCGCCCCAUCGCAGUACGCCUCGACGAGAGACUGAUCCUGCUGGUGUGGUCGUGGGUGGAGAGCGGCGCGGGCGACGAGGAGGCGGAGGAGGCGGACGAGGCGGAGUACGAGACGCGGCGCGUGCUGCACGAACUCACCGCGCUGCACGCCACCAGAUACUACUUCGCGCUCAUCAAAAUCAUACCCAGCCAGAUCCGGCUGUCGAUGUUCACGGCGAGCAAGCUGGAGGGCGAGCUGGCGGCGCUGAAGCGGCGGCUGGGCCUCACCUUCAUCCGCUUCGAGGAUGCGGCCGUAGAGUUGGAGCCCUUCGAGCGCGCGCACGCCUUCGACACCGCCGCCUCGCUCGCGAGGCACCUGCUGCAGCACUUCAAGGACGAGUUAAAAUGGCAAGCGGCGAAGAUCCUCGGCUCGGUGGACUUCCUGGGCAACCCGCUGGGUUUCGUGGCGGACGUGUCGGAGGGCGUGUCGGGCCUGCUGCUGGAGGGCAACGUGGCCGCGCUGCUCAAGAACGUCACGCACGGCAUAUCCAACUCGGCCGCGAAGGUCUCAGAGACGCUGGGCGACGGGCUGGAGCGCGUGGUGGGCGACGAGGCGCACGAGGAGACGCGCCGGCGGAUCCGCUCCGCCGCCGCCGGCGCGCACCUCGCCGCCGGCCUGCGUGGCCUCGGCCUCGGCAUACUCGGUGGCAUGACGUCGCUGGUGAAGCACACCCGUGAUCGGUGUGCUGGACCUGGCGGCGGAGACGGCGGCGGCGCUGCGCGAGACGUCGCGGCGCGCGGGGGCGGCGCCCGAGCGCGCGCGCGCGCGCCGCGGCUGGCGGGUGCGGGCGCGGCGCCACUGCCGCGCUACUGCCCCGCGCUGGCCGAGGGCGCGGCGCUGCUGCACGCGCUGCCCGCGCCGCCCGCGCCCGCGCCCGCGCCCGAGCGCUUCCUGGCCUACCGCACUGUGCGCGACACGCCGCACGACAUCCGCGCGCUGCUCUCCGACACCUACCUGCGCAUCGUCACCUGCAAGCACGGCCCGCCGCACGUCGUCAUGGAGACGCACCUCAGCAACCUGGUGUCCUGCACGCCAGUGUUCUCGUCGGGCGCGUGGUACGUGGAGCUGGGCGUGCGCGGCGGCGGCGCGGGCGCGGGGGCGGGCGGCGGUGUGGGGGCGGGCGGCGCGGGGGCGGGCGAGGCGCUGCGGCGGCCGCGCGUGCAGUGCGACAGCGCGGACGUGGCGCGCUGGCUGGCCACGCACGCGGCCGCCGCGCGCCAGCUGCACCACGACCGCCGCCACACGCUGCUGCCUCACACAGACCUG